AUGGCGACUUCAAGGGCGUCAAGGGGGGAACAGACGGUGGCUCGCACGGCCAGCGCUCGUUAUGCUGGGAGGGUGAGGGCGUUCCACGCGCUCGCGGACCAGGACGCCCCGGACGUGCGCCACCGCAGCUCCGGACCCGGCCGGCCCAGCGUCGCCACGGAGCCACCGGUGGCGAGGGCGCCGCUGCGCUUCUGCGACCCCGCGAGGAGUCACGUGUGGUAUUCCGUCUUCUCGCUGGAGCAGUUGUCCAGCGUUCUCAAAGAGGCUGGCCCCAAGGCCUGCUUCAUCGGCGCCAACACAGGCCCACCGCAGACUGUUCCACGGACCUUGUGGUGGUCUGAGCGGGCCGUUCUCAGAGAGACAAUCCUGGCCGAGAGACUGUCCUGUUUGCGCACAUCGGGCUUGCGUUCUGAGAGCACUGCUUCUGUAAUUCGAGCACUUUGGGGUUCUAAGGAAAUCCCGUGGUAG